AUAUUUUUUAACAAAAUGGAUGACACCAUGAAAAAGAUGGAAGAUGCUUUCAAGGCUCUCAAAGCAAGUGGUCAAAAUACAGCAACUGGUAUAACCGAUUGGCUGAAAAGAGCGGCAAUUAUAACAGACGAGGAGACGGAACGAAAAGCCAAAGAACUCCUCGGAGAGGGUAAAGUUACGUACGAGAAAUUCAAUGCGGCAGUUAAGAAACUUGCUCAGGACAAAAAAGCCAAAUUUGAUGAUUAUUCCAAGAAAUUGUUGGACUCAGUAUCAACAGCGGCCAACGAUGCGAAAGGAACCGUUGAACAAGAAGCCGAGUCGUUCAAGGACGCUGUUGCCAAAUUCAAAGCGGAUACUUCAAACUUCUUACACGCCGGGACAUCAACUCUGAACGAAACGGUGAAUGAACAAAAAACAAAAGUUGUUGAAGCGGCCAAAAACGUGUUCUCCAUAUUUUCACCAUCGGAAAAAUAAUAAAAAUAUUUUUUUAUUUUGCAUAGAUGAAAACAACCUUCAAGAAAGAAUACAAAUCAAAAUUACUGGGUCGUGGAAUGCAUUCAAAGAUACAGAUCAACAAUAAAAUAAAGCAUUUCAAAUUAGUUUUUAACUCGGCUACCUAGAACUUAGAAUACACAGCUGUAACUGCUAUUUUAUGGUAGUCUGUAUCAUAGUAAACACACACAAAAAGUACAGACCAGAGUAAAAUACAAUUUUAAUUGUAAU